AUGUCCACCAAGUACGCGAAGGUGCCUGCGGGAGACUACGCACUUGAGCCGGCCACACGAAGCACGCGGGGGACGUUCAGCUCGUGGCGGAUCGUGCUCGCCUACGCGGCCGGCCUUUUCUCUGCCUUCGCCCUCAGAUUCGUCUUCUUCCUCUCCCAUCCUCCGCCAGACCUCUUCGCUCCGUUCCCACCAGGCUCGACCGAUGUUCACCGCUAUCCGCCGCCUUCGCCCUCCAACGUCUUCCCCUCCCUCUUCCCCUCAGACAUCGGCCAUGCCGGUCCUACUCCGACCGGCGCAGAACCCGCACUCGUCGCAACUGCCCCCUCUCUGCCUAUCCACUCGGGCGCAGCUCACCUGCUCGCGCCGCAGACCCUCGCGAACCACUCACUGCGUAAAACCCCCUUCUAUGACUCCGAGCAGCCCUUCGAUGUCUUCCAGCACUGGGGCAAUCUCUCGCCUUGGUUCUCCGUCCCUCGCUCUGUCUUUGGCGUAGACUCUCCACCCGAAGCUCCUGAGGGCUGUCGGGUCACUGGCAUGCAUCUGCUUCAUCGCCAUGGCGCUCGCUAUCCGACCGGCGGAGCUUCGUACGGCGGUCCCGCAAAUUUUUCAUUCCGUCUCGCCCAAUCUGAGUCCUGGAAGGCCCGAGGCCAGCUUGACUUUUUGAACGAUUGGACGUACAAGCUCGGCGAGGAGAUCCUGACUCCGUUCGGGCGCCAACAACUCUACGACCUCGGCGUCUCCAUGCGCAUGAAGUACGGCUUCCUACUGCACAAUUUCACCGAGUCGAACACGCUCCCCGUCUUCCGCACCGAGUCGCAGGACCGCAUGCUGUCCUCCGCGCUCAACUUCGCGCUCGGCUUCUUCGGCCACCCGCUCGACGGCAAGUACCAGCAGCUGAUCACGAUCGAGGAGCACGGCUUCAACAAUACACUCGCGCCGUCGAAGACGUGCACGAACUCGCACGACCACGCGAAGGGCGACCGCGGGACGCCGUACGUGCGCCAGUGGGCGGAGAUCUACCUCCGUGACGCGCUCGUCCGGCUCCGCGCGCAGAUUACGGGCGUCGACCUCGUUAUCGAAGACGCGUACACCAUGCAGCAGCUCUGCGCGUACGAGACGGUCGCGCUGGGUUAUUCGAAGUUCUGCGAGCUGUUCACCCCGGCUGAGUGGGAAGGGUUCGACUACAGCGUCGACCUGCACUUCUGGUACAGUUCGGCCUUCGGCUCGCCCGUCGCGCGCGGGCUCGGGAUCGGGUACGUGCAGGAGCUCGUGGCGCGCCUAUCACAUACGCCCAUCAGCGCGCACAACUCGUCGACGAACGCGACGCUCGCGGACGACCCACGCACGUUUCCGCUCGGGCAGAGUCUGUACGUUGACGCGACGCACGAAGUCGUUGUGCUCAACGUGCUCACGGCGCUGAACUUGACGAGCUUCGCGAAGGACGGGCCGCUCCCAGCCACCCACAUCCCGCACAACCGCGCGUUCCGCACCGCGCACCUCGCCCCCUUCGCCACCAACGUCCAGUUCCAGCUGCUCUCGUGCAACUCAACUCCAGACACACAGAUCCGUGUCAUCGUGAACGACGGCGUCGUCCCGCUCACUGGCAUCCGUGGGUGCGCAGAGAGCGCGGACGGGGCGUGUCCGCUGCCGGUGUUCGUGGCGGCGAUGCGCGAGAUUAUCGGGGAGACGGACUGGGCGUGGGCGUGUUUGGGCGAUUGGGAGGUCCCGCCUGGGACGGCGUGGAAUACGACGACGGGGGCGCCCCCGGAGAGGAGUUGACGCGUCGACACUUGAGCAGAAAGUGGCAGCGCCUAGCUUCCGUCGAUGCCCGCUUAGCUGUGAACGGGAUAUAGGGUGCAUUCGGUUCGUACUGCAAAUUCUGGCUGCCGAGACUGCGUGGCCUGUCUUUGCCUUCGACAUGCGCACCCGUGCAACAAUCCAAGUUCAACUUACUAGAUCGAGACACGCAUCGCCACCGCGUGCAGGCAACACGUGUAAUAGAGAAUAUAAGCACCACUGUCAC